CAAAAUCAUCGUGAGAUAGAGUCAUGUUUCUCUAAUGUUCUAUACAGUGCUCGUUUUACCUACAUCUGUCACCACUCACGAACAAGACUUGUACGAGAGGCCAGCGUUAAGGUCGCCGCUGCGAGAGACACCACCACGAGAGGCGCAGCAGCGAGAGUCACCGCCGCUAGAAGAACCACCACAAGUAACAUUGCCCUGAGAAGUGCCGUCACGAGGUCUGUCGGCUUUUCCCCGCUGGUGGGCGAGACUGCAUCGCUAGACUCGCUGUUUCCACGCGAGUUGCAAUUUUGAACGUCGAUCCAAGCCCAUCCAAAAAAAGUGACUUUUAGGCGACUCAAGAUCGGAGAAGGAGAAGAAGAUUGUAGACUCUUGAAACGCGAUUUUGACUACCUUGGUUAGCUCGUUUCUUUCCCUCAUUCUCCGAUUCCACAAUGCAAAGGGUAACCCCAAACUGCACAAUUUGGAGGGGCAUAGCCUCUAAGGUCAGAAAAAGCUUGUUUUUCAUCAAUGACCCUUUUGCUGUGCGGUCUUUCUCUGCGGUUCCCCUUGCAGCAGCCACGAAAUUGUAUAAACCGGAAAUUCCGUGCGAUUUCCAGAAAUGGGCUUCGAUUGGAUUCUGUAGGACGUCGAAGUUCGCCUCUGGGUUCAACCCUCUGCAACCGAAACCUUUGGAUUCUAUUGUAGAUAUCCAGAGGUUGAAAGAUCGAUAUCCUGAAGAUAUUGCUUCUAUUUGGGAUGAUUAUCACAUAGGAAGAGGUCAUAUUGGAGCAUCUAUGAAAGCAAAACUUUAUCACUUGCUGGAACAUAGAGCUUCAGAGUGCCGAUACUUUGUGAUUCCUUUGUGGAGGGGAAGUGGAUACACGACAAUGUUUGUUCAAGGCCCAACCCAGCAUUACCAGGCUGACUUUUACAGCACCAAGCUUCCAAAUGCAGUGCAACAAGCUGCAAAAGAUCACACAGCUCUGACUUGGAUUCCUCAGCCCAUCACACCUUCAAAGGCAGCUUUACUCGUGUCCAUAUGCGUUAUUCAGGUUCAUGAGAAGUUCAGCUUCUCCAAACACCUUCAAACUUGGUCUUGAACUGUCUUAUGCACCAUCUUUGCUGCAUUAAGAGUAGCUCACCUCUAAGACAGUGGAAUGAUGUUAUGAAUCCAAGUUAGCAACAUCAAAACUCAGAAAUUGUUGCUAAAGCUAGCUCCUAGAACAUUAUUCUACUUCUACAAAAGCUGUCAUAAGACCAAAAACACUAUCUAGACCAAAAACACCUUUAAAAACACUUUAUUAACAAGUUUUUACAAAAUCACAAAUUUCCCCUACCAAAAACUAAAUCUGAACUAAAAGAAGGUAAUUAACACAAAACAAUGCCCAAAGGAGUGCUAAUAACUACCUAAAACUAGACAAAAUAGGGACUUAACACAUCCCCACACUUAAACUUUGCAUUAGUGGGAAAACUACAAAGAAGAUAACAACACACAAGCAAAACAUCAAUAUAUAACUCUGGACAGAAUAAAAAACUUUUAAUGCAUAGCUGGAAUCCGUGAGCAUCCAGAGAAUCCAAAACAACACUUUGAACUUCUAACCAAGUCAGAAUUAGCUAAAAUAAGGCAAAUACAUUAAGAAUUGAUCAAACCAAACUCUAGAAACAGAACUGACACCACUGGAUAGUGUUUACCCUCAUGCUCUUAAGUGUGUUUGGGUUAAGUAUUUGUCUCUCAGCACAUCAGGAGCACCAACAUUGUCAUAGGCUUGGAAAAUCUCUCAAAUCAAUCACCAUGUUAGAACAAUGCACUCAUGAUCAACAGGUCUUUACAAAGCUUGUAAUGUGGCUCGGGUAGGGGUAGGAUAGAGGAAAGGUUGCAGAGCUAAAACCAAGGAAAUAUAAGGCAGCUAUCGGGAAAAUCUAGAAGACACGUGUGAGUUCAGUAGCUUCAUCACAAGUCAGACCUUCACAUCCUUUUGUUUUGUUAUUUACUUUCCAAUUUCCUUUAUUUUUUUUUUUUUAACUAUUUCUUCCUUCUUUCCAAUCAUAGACCACAACUUUUUUCAGAUUUUCUAUUUUUCUCAGUUUCAAACUUCUUUUCACUUCUGUUCAGCAUUUUGCCUUUGAUCAAACUGUUUUGGCACACUUCCCCCACACUUGAGUUUCACAGAAUUUUCCGAAGUACUUUCACAGCCCCUCACAAAUCCAUGGUUAGGUGAUCAUUUGUUUUUCUGGUCUAAGG